AAAUAAUUAAACAAGUUGACUGAUUGAAUAGACUUUCACAUUUGCGUUGCGAGUUCAUGAUUCUGCUGUUUUCGUUCUCUAUUUCUAAUGCUUAGUACUUAGGUACUUGAAUGUUUAAUUAAACACACAAGGCAUUUAUAUAAUAGUGACUAUGUCUAGAGACCUUAUAGUCUUGGCUCCAAAUGGUAGAAGGCAGAAAGUCCAUUGUACACCUGAUACAAGUAUCUUACAGGUUUUGGAAGAUGUUUGUGAAAAACAGGGAUUCCAGCCAACAGAUUACCAUUUGAAACAUCAUAACCAUCUCCUUGAUUUAACAACAACAAUAAGGUUUUCUAAUCUGCCUAAUAAAGCUACUCUUGAAAUGGUUGAAGCAGAUACAAGAAGGUUGGAAUCGAAUGUCACAAUCUGUUUAUUAUUGGAAGAUGGAGAAAGAAGAACUGCGGACUAUUGUCCCAACACAUCACUUCAUGAUUUGCUAACUUCACUAGCUCCAAGUGAAUAUACUUCUUUGAAUAAUCCAACAAUACUGUACAUGCGACAGGAAGUAAUUGGUGAACCAGCUCUACGCCAAAAGACUUUAAAGCAUUUGGGACUUAUUAGUGGUAGAGCUAUUUUAAGAUUGUUAAAUAAAGAUGAGGAAGCCAAACAAGCAAAUGUAUCUGCAGUAUACAGAUGUCCACCUUCGGUACAAAAUAUCACACAAGGUCCAAGAAAUAGAAAUAACAGUGAAAAGGAAUAUUCCAACCAACUCCCUAGUACAAGUACUGCAGAAAGAUCAGAACCAGGGCCAUCUGAUUUUAAAAAAAUUAAUAAUACUUUUGAUCCUAUAAAACAUAUAAAAAGUGUUAAAAAUGAAGAUUCAGGAAAGCUAAAGCAAAUCUGUCAGGAUGGAAAUAGUUUAAAUACAGAAGUGCCAAUGGAGGUAGAAGAAAGCCAGAUUUUACAGGCUAAAAUUUCCAACACACCAUCUCAAAUUUCACUAAGUAUGCAAGAAAAUCUUGAAAGACGUUUACGAAUUGAGGAAGAAGUAACAUUUUUGGGUGCUCAAAAAGCCAUUGCUUUUAUGCAACCAGAUGAAACAGAGGAUGAAUUAGAUGACCUCCCUGAUGAUUUUUAUGAGCUCACUGUAGAAGAAGUGCGAAAGCUUUACCAUGAAUUACAAAAAAAUCGCAUGGAAUUAGAAAACACCCCACUUUUAACAUGCAAUAAAAGGGAGGAAAGUGCAAAGCAGAUCACAGAACAACAACUAAAGACCUACAAAAAUGCUGUAGUUCGGGUGCAAUUUCCAGAUCGUAUUAUACUUCAAGGUGUUUUUUCUCCAAAUGAUAAAAUAGCAGAUGUCAUAGCAUUUGUUAAAAAUCAUUUGCAAUUUCCAGAUAAACCAUUUCAUAUCUUUACGACCCCCUUAAAAGAAACGUUGGAUCCCAAUAUGUCUCUUUUUGAAGCAAAAUGUGUACCUUGCGUACAUAUGCAUUUCAAAUGGUUAGAGGAUGACGGAAAGUCCUAUCUCAAAGAAGAAGUAUAUUCAAAGACUACUACUAGUUCAGCGGCUAGUUUAUUGGCGUCCAAAUAUAGAGCUCCCAGUAGACAUUCAACAGACACGUCAGCUUACAAGAAGAAAACAACAAAUGAAGCAACAUCAAAAAGUAAAGUUCCAAAAUGGUUCAAAUAAUAGAUGAUAGUCAAAACGUAAAUCAACGCAAAUUGAUAUUGAUGAUUGAUAUGAUUUCUUUGUCGUCAAUCAUGACUACAGAUUACAGAGAAUAAUCGUGCAAAAAAGAAAUCAUGAUUAAUGUAGGUACUUACAUUUUUCAAUGAUUACAUGAUUAUUAUUCACUUGCAGACGAUCGGUUUGGUUGGGUGGUCAAUAUAUCGCGUCUUUUCGCUUACUUAAGAGUCGCGCGUUUCGGAUGUCUUGGUUUAGGUCUUGGUCGCUUACAAGGCAGCGAGACAAGUAUGAGUAUGCCAAGUGUUUAUCUCAGUCUCGCAAUUCUUGGCUCUCUCUGCCCCGUAACCGGUAAAGAAAAACGCUUAUGAAAAAUAAUCAUGAUUGAUGGUAAUCAUUGUCAAUGUAAUCAUAAUUACUUGCAAUCUGAUUUUUAUCAAUCUAAUUACAAAUUUAGUUGAUUACACUCUCAACUCAGCAAAUAAUGUUCACAAGUGUUUUUUAUAUCAAGUAUCAGUUGACUGAUGUUUAAUUUUGUUAUCUAUAAAGUAUUGAAUAAAA